AUGGCCACUCCUGCGAGCGACGACGACGUUCUGCUGCCUCCAGAUGAUGAUGCCACCGCGGCUGAGUUUGAGGCUUUUGACCGGUUUCCCUGGUCGAAGCACCGCGCAUUUCUGCUCGGUCUCCUCGAGACGCUCGGCGGCGCCGACGGCCUCUCCCCCAAUCCCACCCACCAGGGCAGCACCACCUUCUGCCGCACCGUCUUCUACCGUCGCCAAACCGGACGGCGCAUCGAUCUGACCCGCUACAACGGCUUUCUAGCCGCCAGCCCAGACUACCCAUCCAUCGACCGUCGCCUGCUGGCGGCCCUGUACGCGGCCAAGAGGGCGGCCACGACCGCUGAGGCGGCAGCUGCUCUGCGCAUCGUCGAGACCGUUGCUGCCGGACCAGCCAUCAACCCGUUUGACGGCACGGCAACACCGCAUGACGAUGCUGUGCCGUCGUGGCAACGCAGCGCUCCGAAGAACGAGCUGCGCGUGCCGCGGGCGGCAGCAGCAGCGGACGAGGCUGCUGGUGCAAGUGCGGCCAACGGCGAGGCGCCGUACUCGGACAAGUUCGCCAAGGUCAUCGAGGCCGUGCAGACGGGAAAGGAGCUCGAAGGCAUCCGGCACAUACCCGACACAGUCGUGCGCCAAGAAGGCAUCACCCCCUUAGGCAAGCUCAAGCCCCCCAAGAAACCAUGGGAAACAGCCGCUGCGCCAACCGCUUCUCUGGCAUCUGCUCUGGCUUUUGGCGCUCCAAUCACAACCGAGUCUGGCCACUCGCUGCUGGUCGACUUGCACUUUCCACCUCCGCCAGAACAGUCUGGGCCUGUCCAAUCAGAAGUAGGCCAAUGA